ACAAUAGAGAACAGAUUCUAAUUUUUAAAAAAUUCUGUUAUCUACCUCUUGAUAUUUUGAUCAAUCUUCCUAGUUUUCUACUAGCAUCUUUUGAGAUUUUUUUAGGUGUAUUAUACUAUCAGCAACAAAAACAGUUUGACUUCCUUUUUCACUGUUUAUGAACGCUACUAAAUUUUCUUGGUUUUGUUUUUGCAUUUGAUAGAAGUGUUAUGACAAUGUUAAAUGAUAGUGCUGAUAACUAACGUUCCUAUCAAGUUCCUGAUUUUAAUUAAAAUGGUUUUAGUUUGUUAAAACUUUUGGAAAGCAUGCUAUUCAGUUUUUCUUUUUUUUGGUAAAUACUUUUUAUGUUAUUUAAAUGAUUUUAUUCUAUUCUGGCUUUGAUUUUUUUUAUUUUGGAUGUCUGCUGAAAUUUUAUGAAGCGCUUAUUCAGAACUUAAUAUGAUUUUCUUUAAUUUGUUGUUGGAGUAGAUAGGUAAUCUGUCAACAUAGUGUAGAUGUCUUGAUAUUGAACUACCCUUGGCUUCAUGAAAUAAAUUUCUAGAGACCAAAUACUCCUAGAUUCUUUGUUUUCUGUUCUUUCGUAUGUUUGAACAAGGGUUCCUCAACAUUGGUCUCCAUGCAGAACCUGUCAGGUGCAGGGGGAAGAAACCCUAAUAAAUAAUCCAGAGGGACUUCCAUGGCCUCUCUUACUCCCACUUGUAAGACCUAUAGCUCUUUGGGUCUGGUAAGUUAAAUAAAUUGGAGUUGAGAAUGAAAGGAAAAGAGGGCACUUUCUGGUCUCCAAUUUCCAGAAUUAUCCUCUGGUCCUUUCUUUUGAUUAUUUUUCACCUUUUAUGUCAAUGACUCUUUCUGUUUCUUUUAUUUACUUUGCUUAGUACCAAAAAUUUACAUCAGAACUGCUUCCUUAACAGAUGCUUUUAAUAAUAAGAGAAAAAUGAAAUAGCCACGUAUGUUUCUUAUGUUUCUCUCUCUUUCCCUCCAGUCAGCCUGUGUUUUCUAAAACCUGUUUGCAUUGUUUUCUCUAGUGAUUUUAGUGGUACACUUCAGCGUUGUUAGUCUUUUGCCGCAGAUUUCAAGCUUUUAUCCAGAACCAAGACUAUUAGCAUGCCCAUAUUACCAGUAUUUACAUUUCUGAUUGUCUAAGGGAAGCCCUGGAGGCCCAGCCACAUUUUACCAGUCUGGAAAAAUAAUUUAAAUAUUUAAUUAUACUUUAAUUAUUAUGCAGAUUGUUUUGUUUUUAAUUAAAAACCUCUUCCUGGUGGAUUUAGUAAUAGUCAAGGAUUUAAUAAUACUUAAUCAUAAGAACCUCCUGUGGAUACCAAACUAAAACGGGAUCAAGUUAGCAAAAAGAGCACUGGCCAUGAAAUUAGGAUGUCUGAAUACUAGUUUAAGCUCUGCCUCUAGCUUAUGUGAACUCAAAUGAGGUUCUGCACCUGUUAACAUUCAUUUUCUCUUCUCUGAAAUGAGGUUGCUGAAGGAAAUGCUGAUCUUCCUUUAAGCUUUAACAUUCAGGAAAAUGAGAUGGUGUGUUUGAGUCCUGCACCCCAGAAUAGCCCAUGAUUCCACUGUUUCACAACUCAGUUCUCUUGCUAUAUGAUUCUGUAGGAAAAUAGGUUGUCAGUGAACUUUUAGAACGUUAUCAUCUGCUCCCAUAUAGCAGGUGCCAUAGUGGGUCUUUUGUAGGCUAAAUGUUUGUGUCUCCCCCAAAGGCAUAUGUCGAAAUCCUAACCACACAAUGUGACGGUGUUUGGAAUUGGGGCCUUUGAGAAGAAAUUAGGUCAAGAGGGUGGAGCCCUCAUGAAUGUGAUUAAUAUCCUUAUACAAAAGACCCUAGAAAGUUCCCUUGUCCCUUCUACCACGUGAAGACACAGCAGAAGAUGGCUGUGGUUCUCACCAGACACUGAAUCUGCCAGUGCCUUGAUCUUGGACUUCCAAGUCUCCAGAACUGUGAGAAAUAAAUUUCUGUUGUUUGUAAGCAGUUCUGUCUAUGGUAUUUUUGUUACAGCAUCCUGAAUGGACUAAGACAAGGUGCUUUCAAAUUGUUAUUUGUGAAAAUAAUUUUAAGUCCCCAUAUCCCUUCUUUGUAAAUUCAUGUACCCUCCCCUCUCAUAAGUUUCGGUAAGUUCUAUCUGUCCAAGCAGUUUUCAAGACUGAAACAUACCAGGUUUGGUCAUUUUAAAACUGCCGAUAUUUGGCAGUGUUUGAUCUACAAGCAGGCAGUUUCAUAUGCACCAGUGUAAUAAUUAUAGGUGAGUUAAACUGUUAUCCUACUACGGUUUUACUUGAAAGGUCUUCCCAUAUAAAAGCAGAAUUUCCUGUUGUUUUUUUGAGGCAUUUGUUACUUAGUCAAUCAGAAGUACCUUUGAAAGCCUGCUUUGUGCCAGCCCUGUGUUAGGUCUCAUGGAUAUGCCCAUGAAUAAAAUAUACCUUUUCACUGGUUUGGAGUCUGCAGUCUCAUGAGGGAAAUGGGCAGUUAACUAACCAAUUGCAGUAAGGUUGCAUGAGGGUUAUUGAAGAGAAAACAAUUACAGUUGUGUGUGUACAGCAGAUGACAAGACGGACUUCUCAUCUAAGGGUCCAAAAAGUUCUCUUGUUCAGAAAUUAUCCAGGGAGGGGGAUUUGAGGGGUAGUAUGGAGGGGCUGCAUGGCAUAUAUGGUGGUAAAAGUCAGAGGGGAAAGCACAUUCUCAAGAGUGAAAAAGAGCUUGGCAAGUUCACAGAGUAUGAAAGUAGGUAAAGCCAGAGAAGGUAGCUAGGCACCAGAUCUUAGAAAACUGAAAUUAGGCAUAUUUAAGAUUACAGGUAAUAGAAAGUCACUGAAGCAUUUUAAGCAAGCAAAUCAUAUAUUCAGGUUUGGAAGGCAGUAUGCAAAGUAGUUUAGCGUGUCCAUCUUAAAGGCAAACUGUCUUGAUUCAGAUCCUAGUUCUUCUGUAUUCAAGCCUUUGACAUCGGGCAGUUUAGCAUUAAAUUUGUUUCCUUACCUGUAAAAUAAGAUAAUAAUAGUACCUUAUUUGUAGAAUUGUUAGAAUUAACUUAGAUGAUGCAUGAAUGUAGUACAAUUCACAGCCCCUAGUAAGUAUAAAUUAUCACUUAGUUAUUGUUUGUAUUAUUAUUGAGUUAGGAUAGAGUAAGAUUAAUUGCAGGAAAACUUGUUAGUAAUUCAGGCAAGAGAUAAUUGUGGUUUGGCCUGUAGUGGUAGCAGAAGGAUAGAGAAAGUGAUACUACUUGAGAGAAAUUUCAGAGGUAGAAUCCUUGACACUUGGUUGAAUGAAUGUGCAAGGUAAGGGAGAAGGAGGAAUAAAAGACGAGUCAAAGUACCUUAAAGUGGCUUUGGAAUGACGUUGACAUAAAUACCACCCACAUCAGCUGCACUAAAAUAAUAUGUUAAACAAAUCAACAUUUAAAGCUCUUUUUUCCUAGAUCAUAAGUGAUAGAUAAGCCAAGAAGUGACUGUUAGGAAUUUGAGGAACCAAGAUUGAUGCUUUGUCAUCUGUGCUAGAUAAACUGCUGAAUAGGGUGGGAGAAGAAUAAAUAUAAUUUGAACAGUCUUGUCCCUUUUUCUUGUUUCAUGUUUCCUUUUUCUUUCUGCCAUUUUUCCUUUUAAGCUCUGUGAUUUGGUUAUUUUAACUUUUUAGUAUUAGGUUGAGCCAUAUAGAAGUUGCCAUUUUUGUAGAUCUGAAAACAUUUAACCAGAAAUGAAAUGGUUAAAUAUUAACAAUUUCAUAUGGUUCAUUUAGUUAUAAUCUCAUUCUGUAAAAAAUUUUAGCUGGGUCUCUAAGGGUCCAUUUUGAGUUAAAUUGAAAGAAUAGUUCCAAGACUGAAGGUAGUUCAAUGAUGGUGUAAGGACAAGCUGAGCCCCAUGAAGUAGAUGACUUAAACCUGGCACCAUCUAUUCAGUAUGGCUCUGAGACGUCAUCCUGCAGCCAGGUUUUUUUAUUAGCUUUACCAAAAGGAACAUGUAAUGUAUUAUUUUGGCUAUUUUUUUUAAACUUAUUAUGAAAAUAGAACAUAGAAAUUAGGAAAUUUACAAAACAUAAAAAACCAUAAAGAGGAAAAUAAAAAAUCACUUGUAAUCCCACCAUCCAGUGAAAAGUAGAAUUGAUUUUCAAUGUAUUUUCUUCCAGUCAUACAUACAGAAAUACAGUCUAUUUUAUAAAAGUGAACAAACACCUGUGAGACUACAUUAUUUUAAAAAGGCAAUGUAAAUAUAGAUUUUUGUGAGGGCAUGGAUUUAUUGCCCCCCGCAUGUUAUUAAUAAUUUAUCUCCUCUGAAGAAAAUGUUUUCCUUUAAUCCAAAACAUUUGACUCUUGACUGAUUUUUUUAAAGUUUCUAAUGUGAAUAUUUUGAUUAUAGCUCCAAGAGUGGUUUUACUAAAAUAGAAACAAAAUUGAAAGAGCUAUUAUUAUACUAAUGGUAAUGUAAUGGCUUGUGGUUUCAUUGCAUUUUUGUUACAUUUUGAAUUCUUUAAAGUUAUCAGUUAAUAAUCUCAGUAAUACAUGAGAAACCUGAGAUGCAGAGAGAAUAAGUUACACACAAAUUUACAAGCAGUUAGAAAAGCAUGGACCCUUGACUUUGGUGAAUGCUUUUUUCAUUUAUUGAAGUAGCAGCUCUCAGAAACCAUACUUUUUUUCAUUGAAUAUUCAUUAAGCACUCAAAAUAUAGGAGUUCAAAAUUAAAGUCUAUGGCAAAUGUAUAGAAUAGUGAAUAACCUGGAGGGCAAGGUAUUUGGGGACGUGGAAUAGUGAGAUCAGAUUGGAAAGGCAGCCAUUAACUCUUCUUGAAUAAUGGAGUUCAUAAUGACCAUAAUUAAGCAUGUGUUGUUGGAUGUUUAAUCAGGCAGAAAUAAGUAAAUUAGAAAAAUGAACAGAACUAGAAGUCCAGACAAUAUUUGGUGAUGGCCUAAGGUAUGAUAUUAAAAAUUGAAAGGAGGAAAUGAAUUUGAGAGCCAUUAUAGAAAUAGAUUCCCAGGAUGUGGUGACUAAGAACAGUAUAUUAAGGGAGAGAGUAGUUAAAGAUGUUUCCUAAGUUUCAUACCUGAGUGCCUCGGGAAAUGUUGGGAAAAAAUGAAAUAGGCUUAUUUGGUGAGGAAAAUGUAUUUAUCUUUGGACAUGCUGUGGUUGAAGUCUCUACAGGACAUCCAGGUGGAAGAUGUGUGACUAACAGGCAAAUUGUAGAUGGGAAGGGGAGCUCAGGAGUGAAGCCAGGGCUGAAGACACAAGAAAUUAUUGGUGUAGUGGGAAUAAUUGGUGACGUAUCAUCAUUCCUUCUUUUCAGGUAUCUUCACUGCCUUACAUAUGUACAGCCUCAGUGUAUUUAAGGAAUGUAUCCAAAUAACUUGUUACUGCCCUUAGAACUGGGCAGUCAGUCAUAAGAGAAGGCAUCUUAGGAUUCAGAGAAGCCCAGUCUCAGGCAACACAGUGUGAUUGGUGGGAAAACACAGACUAUUUAGAAAGGCUGUUUGAGUGGUAUGAAAGAAAGUAAAGUUAUAUACCCUGUAUGUGCUAAAUAUUGUUCAGCUUUUUGUAUAUACUGUCUUCUUUAUUGCUCAAUAACCCUAUGAAAUAAGGAGUACAAUCCUCAUUUCACACAUGAUGAAACUGAAGCCAAAUAAUAUUAGAGCAAGGAUUUGAGCCAGUUGGGUGUUCAGUGCCAUUGGUCUUUCUGCUGUGCCUCACUUUGCCAUCUUUUCCAGUAAGACCUGUCAAAUAUAGCUAUCAAGCUUAUGUUCAGUAGGGUUGUGAGUUCAAUAGGGUUUGUCUUCAUGUAAUAAGCACAGUGCUUCAAAUCUUAAAAUGUAAUUAAUUGGAUUCAGAUAAUGAGUGGACAUUGCCUGCAAUGAGAAAGCAUGUGUAUAAAACAAAAAAUGAAAGUUGGAUCACAUCGUAUAUAUCUCCAUCCAGAUGUGCAGACCUUCUGGAAUGUUUAUAAAUGUCGACAUUUAUUUCUUUUUCUCUACUGAGUAUGUGAAACUACUUAGAAGAAUGAAUUGAUAGACCAAAGAUACCUGGAAGAAAAAAUUCUAAAAAAUACACAUUUCUAAUUAACUAAAAAUUGUCGUUAUUAACACUCCCAAUUAGCUGAAAAUUGUCACUCUGUGACAUCACCUGAAGAGCCACAGCAUAAUCCCAAUUUGCCUUGUGUUAAGUAGGCACAAACAAGAUUGUUUAUUCUGAGAUACAAAGACUAGUUUGUGCCAUGAAACUUCCUGCAGUUUUCAGACAGGGUGGGGUAGAAGUGGGUGCAUUUACUUGUCCAUCUUUUGUUUGUGUAUUUGUGUACCACUUCUCAGCAAAGGGGAAGCAAGUAAUGACAUCUCAAAACUAUAGGAUAGUGUCAAAUACAGAAAAAUGUAAUUCAUCUUUUAUGUGUGUGCUGUUUCUGUGGUGUUCAGAAUGGGUGGGAUUUUCAUUAUCUAUUUUUUCUCUUGAAAACCUGAUUUUUAAGUUUUGCUUAUUAUUUUGGUCAUCUUUCUUAAAAUGGAUUAAUUCUAGUGAAUCAUGAGAGAAAAUUAAUGCUAAAUAUAUAGUUUUCUAGCUAGAACUUCUUGUGCUGUGUUAUGUUUCCCUAGUUGCCAAGCACUGUUAAUACACUUUCAUUCUUUAACACUGCUCUUUGUUCCUUGGGAAAUGCUACAAGAAAAUCGGAAUUUCCUCUCACCAUUACCCCUUUCACAGUGUGUUUUGAUACAAUUCCUGGCUGACUCUCUGUCCUGGUUGCCACCCCUUCUCCUUACUAGCAGUCUAACUUCGGCUCAUAUACUAAAAGGGGGAUUCCGGACAGACGAGGAAACAGCUUUCAAACCCUACACUGCAGGCGUAUUAAGUUAUUCUCCCACUGUGCAGUCUGGAAAUCGGGGAGCACUUCUCUGGCGAUGCAUUCUAAUGAGCUGCUGAAGAAGAUGCUGGAGUGUGUGCCUGCACAGGCGUUUUCUUUCCCCUCCCCCGCUUCUUCCUUUUCCCAAGCCCCCUUUUCUCCCUGUUUCCCCUCCUACUCCUUUAUCCCCUCCCUCUGUGUCUCAGUUCUGCAGUAAACGGGGCUGAGGCACAUUCCUGCUUUGCGAGGCUUUCUGUUAAGGAUGUUCUGUGGCUUUUGUUUGGAUCGCAGCAUGCAGAAUUACAGCUGUUCAGAGGAGACUCAUUACAACUCCUGCUGAAGUCCUAAUCUUCCUCCCUUCUCUUCUCCCCCUACCCCCUACCCUCAUUGGCCUGAAGACAUUGUACCCAGAGUUUGCCUUACUCCCCUGGUGCUAUGUGUAUGGUAAACCUGGUACUAUGGCCGCAUCUGGGACUGGCCAGACAACUGCUGCUGGUUCUCCCUAUUCCAAGAAGGAUUUAAAGGGGAAUUGCACUGCAGGCAAUGCACCAGAGCAGCAGCAUCGGGAGCUUGGGGACUAAGGCUCCUCUGGCAUUAUUACAGACACAGAGCUGACCGCAAUGACAGCAGCUGUUCCUUUGAACUGUUGGCAGCAGCCAAGCGGCAGCAUGAAGUGAGAGAUCACUCCUGAGCUCAAGAUGAAUUCUACCUUGGAUGGUAAUCAGAGCAGCCACCCUUUUUGCCUCUUGGCAUUUGGCUUUCUGGAAACUGUCGAUUUUUGCCUCUUGGAAGUAUUGAUCAUUGUCUUUUUAACUGUGUUGAUUAUUUCUGGCAACAUCAUUGUGAUUUUUGUAUUUCACUGUGCACCUUUGUUGAACCACCACACUACAAGUUAUUUCAUUCAGACUAUGGCAUAUGCUGACCUCUUGGUUGGGGUAAGCUGCCUAGUCCCUUCUUUAUCACUCCUCCACUACCCACUUCCAGUAGAGGAGUCCUUGAUUUGCCAGGUAUUUGGUUUUGUAGUAUCAGUUCUGAAGAGUGUCUCCAUGACCUCUCUGGCCUGCAUCAGCAUCGAUAGAUACAUUGCCAUCACUAAACCUUUAACCUAUAAUACCCUGGUUACGCCCUGGAGACUACGCCUGUGUAUUUUCCUGAUUUGGCUAUACUCCACCCUGGUCUUCUUGCCUUCCUUUUUCCACUGGGGCAAACCUGGAUAUCAUGGAGAUGUGUUUCAGUGGUGUGCGGAAUCCUGGCACACCGACCCCUACUUCACCUUGUUCAUCGUGAUGAUGUUAUAUGCCCCAGCAGCCCUCAUUGUGUGCUUCACCUAUUUCAACAUCUUCCGCAUCUGCCAGCAGCACACAAAGGAGAUCAGCGAAAGGCAAGCCCGCUUCAGCAGCCAGAGUGGGGAAGCUGGGGAGAUGCAGGCCUGUCCCGAUAAGCGCUAUGCCAUGGUCUUGUUCCGAAUUACUAGUGUAUUUUACAUUCUGUGGUUGCCGUACAUCAUCUACUUUUUGUUGGAGAGCUCCACUGGCCACAGCAACCGCUCCGCAUCCUUCUUGACCACCUGGCUUGCUAUUAGUAACAGUUUCUGCAACUGUGUCAUUUAUAGCCUUUCCAACAGCGUCUUCCAAAGGGGACUGAAGCGCCUUUCAGGGGCCAUGUGUACUUCUUGUGCAAGUCAAACAAUAGCUAAGGACCCUUACAUGGUUAGGAGCAAAGGCCCCCUUACUGGAUGCCAUGUCUGAAGUGCUUCAGAUAUUGGGUCACUGUGUGUUUUGUGUGUGUGUGUUUCUGUUUGCUUUUUAUCUCUUUGUAUAUCUAGUUCACUGGGAAAUAAGGGACAAAAUAAUUUGACUCUAAGCAACAGCAAACAAAUGAUCCGUCCCAAACACCUUGUAAAUUUACAGAAAUGAUUUUUUUUAAUGCUUUUGAAUGAGAAGAAUCAGGACCAUCAAGAUAAAUUGCUCUUGGUUCCAGUUUUCAUAAUGUCAUGGAAAUGACUUUCUCAGACUUAGAAUGAAUAAAGUCAUAUCUAACACCUCUUUCCAGCUGGCAUGACUGAAUCUGGGUGUGAAAAGCGUCAGCAUUUGUAAAAGUCAUCAUCUUGUCGCUUUUCCGGUUUUUUUCCUAGCUGUUUGGGCUUCAUGUGCAAUUGAUUUCUUUUAAAACAGGGAAUAUUAAAAUACAGUGAUGAAUUAACAGGGUUUUAAAAUUUUCUUUACGUAGGCCAAAGUAUAACUACACUGCAGGCUUCUACACUGUCAUUCAAAAGACAGAUGUUGUAUGUCUUAUACUCAAGAGAAUUCUCAAUACAGUAAAUAAUGUGAACACUAAAACAUUAAUUUAAAAAUUUUGAAUGGAACCAUGAAGCAAAAGUGCAGUCAAUUAUUCAGUUUAUUAAAAAAAAAAAACUAAGCUGUUUUUUGUGCCAUGCUUCACUGAGAUCUAAAGAAAUGUGUGUACUGAAAAUAAUUAUGUUGCAGUAUUUUUGCCCGUGCCUUUGUGUGAAUUGAGAAUGUUUGAAUUGAGUUAGAUUUCUCUUUUACAGCACAAUAUGUUUUGAUAAGCUGAAAAAUAAUUAAGUGAUAGGCUGAUGGCUACCAGUUUUAUAGUGGUGAAAAUACAUGAAAAUGUGUCUUUAGUCUUCUCUGUUCUUUUUAUCCGGAGACUUUUUUGAAAUAUUAGAAUAUCAGGAAGAAAGGUGUCAUAAGCAACGGAGUCAGAAAAUAUACUGUACAUUUAGCUAGUUCAUUUUGAAAUAGAAAGGGGUUAAUUGUGAUGUUCUCCUUAUGGUUAAAAGGGAUCACCUAAUAAAGUAGCAACUAAUUCUUUUUAAAGGCAUUUUUUUUUAGUUAGUGUUAAGGAAUUUGUAUUCGAAUGAGAGACAGAAGUUUUGAUUGUCUCUCUUAUUGCUGUUCUCUUUCUGGGAAAAAGAUCUUUGGGAUAUAGUUCCUUUCCUAAAUAGUAUUUUUUUUUAAACCAAAGUACUAGCAAAAGCUAUAGGAUUUUAUUACUGUUGUUUUGUAGAACUAUUAAUUGAGAGUGCUGUGUAUUUGUAUGUAGUAGUGAUGUUUUGUUCCUAAAAGUGAUUAUAUUUAGAGCAAGAGGUUUAUUUUUCUAAAAAGAGAAGGAUUUCCCAGCAGCUCCAAGCAUGAGAGUAUUUCCUCUACUUUUUUUUUUUUUUUUAACUUGUUUUAAUGUUUUGGAAGUCUUCAGGGGACUUAUAUGAUCUCUGCCUUUGGCUAGAUGUUGUAAUCUAAAUGUGACAGUGGUGUUCAGUGAGAUGGAAGAUGGAAGAAAACAAAGGAAAGUGGGUUAAAGUGGAUUUUUUAAUCUAAGAAAUGACAUGGAUAUUUAUAAAACAGGCAGAUAUGCUUUGGUUUUCCAUCGUAUUAGAAAACCUCCUGUCCCUUUUUAAAACAAAAGACAGCAUUCUUGCAACUUUUAAGUUUUAGAUACUGUUUUGAUUUUAACCUCAAAUGUAUUCUACUUAAACAUUUUUAUUUUAAGACAAUAACUGUUAAUAUAAACAUUGAAACUUCAGAUUCUGAGUUCUUCCCAAAAGCUUACUCUUUAUAUUUAGUGUUAGAAAAUUUGGUUCUAAGCUGUUUCAGAAUUCAGAACUCACAGUGAAAUUUAUAAGUAAUGUUAGCAGUGGCUUUAUUAAAUUGCCGUUUGAAGUGGAAAACCUUCCUGUUAGAUUCUGAAAAAUAGUUGUACACAUUUCCCCUUUAUUUAUGUGGCAUAGAUAUUAAAAAAGAUAAAAAUUUCCUUUUUUCCUGUAUGUCAGAAAAUGUAACCAGUUCAAAUUUGCACAGUUUGCAGGUGAAUUUUUUGUUCAGCAGGUAUGGGAUUUGUAAAGAUUAAUUUUUAUAAAAAACUGAUGCUAAAUCAGUAGAUUUUACUUUGGGAGGAACUGAGCCUUUUAAAUUUUUUCCUGCAGUAGGGUUCCAUCUUGUGAGAAAAUAAAAAAUUUUGGAAAAUAUUUUACGGAAAUUUUAUAAAAAUGAGAAAAUAUCUGUUUAAUUUUCUGGAAGUGGCUAAUCAGGCUGAUUUUUUAAUGACUGGAAAGACCAUUCUUUCAAUAAGAGCUUUAAUUAACAGAUUUUUAUAUUUUUAUAAAGAACCAAAUUUAGAUGUUAGAAGUCCUCCCCGCCACCUUAGAAUCUCUACCAGUGUUUUGCCUAAAACUAAAGUAGAAGCUAAAUUGUAAUUUUAACAAAAAAUAAAGCACCCCUCCCCAACUGAUACUUGCUUAAUAUCAGAUGUCUUCCUAGUUUAUCUUGUCUUCAUUGGACUGUAUAAAACGCUAAGGUUUCUUCCAGGUAUCAAUUCUGUUCUCACAUUCAUUGUCUAUACUGCUUUUUAAUUUUUGUUUUCUUGUGUAUGUGCAUGCUGGGGGCAGAAAGGGUGUGCCUGGAUGCAGUCAUACAGUCUUCUGUGGCUGGGGGCAGUUUCUGUGUGAUCGAUUUGGAAAGUCUGUAUUUAAGUAACCUUUUCAUCCUGGCAUAUUUAUUGCAACAUUUGAUGAUGUUUUGUUUAAAUACCAAUCUGACUAGUUCAGAAUGAGAAAGAAGUGUAUUUUUAGAGUCAGUUACCUUGGGCUUUGGCAAGACAGCUCAUUUAACUUUAUAUGGUAUAUGAUUGAUACCGGAGAAAGCAUAAGCUUUUGGUAUUUGUGUUGAAAUUAUUUUACAGUAAAAUUUUAAAAUAAG